CCCAGGCUCUUCUCUGCUUUCGAAUCCAACAUGGCGGUCGGUCCUCGAGAACUGGCGUGGUAACAAGCGAGAGAAAUGUUGUAUCUUGUUGGUCUUGGUUUAGGAGAUGCCAAGGAUAUCACGGUUAAGGGACUAGAAAUCGUUAAAAAGGCAGACUACGUCUUUCUGGAAGCAUAUACCUCCAUCCUUUGUGUGGGAAAGGAAGUGUUGGAAGAAUUUUAUGGAUGCAAAAUCGAGUUAGCUGAUAGGGAAACUGUGGAACAAAAUUCUGAUCUUCUUUUGGAGCAUGCUAAGGACAAAGAUGUGGCUUUCUUGGUUGUUGGAGAUCCAUUUGGGGCUACUACUCACGCAGACCUCGUGUUGCGAGCAUGUCAAAUGAACAUUUCUUACCAAGUCAUUCAUAAUGCUUCCAUUAUGAAUGCAGUUGGAUGCUGCGGUCUUCAGUUAUACAACUUUGGAGAGACAGUCUCCAUUGUUCUGUGGACAGACAACUGGAAACCAGACAGUUUUUAUGAUAAAAUUGCAUCUAACAGAAAACAAGGUCUUCAUACACUCUGUUUAUUAGACAUAAAGGUUAAGGAACAGUCCGUGGAGAAUCUAAUGAAGGGUAGGAAGAUAUUUGAACCGCCACGCUACAUGAGUGUGAAUGAAGCUGUAAGUCAGUUGCUGGAUGUGGUCAAUAACAGAGAUAUAAAAGGGGAGCCUCCAGCUUACACAGAAUCCACAAUUGCAGUGGGCCUGGCACGAGUUGGUGCAGCCAAUCAACAGAUAGUAUGCGGUAGCAUGAAGGAGCUGUUGUCACAUGACCUCGGUCCGCCAUUGCACUCACUUAUUAUACCUGGACACUUACAUUUUAUAGAAAAAGACAUGCUUAGACUAUUCGCUUUGAAUCCUAAUAUACUUGACGAAAGCUGACCUGACAGUAAUUCUAGAUUGGUUUUAACAAAAUGAGAUCCACCAUGCCUAAAUUUUUCAAGUUCGUCGUUUGUAAUCCUUGUUAAUCUUCUCCAUCCUAAACAAUCCUUGUUCUAGUUAACUAUAAUUUUCAGAUUUCCUUCAAUCUAAAGGUAACUUUAUUCGAGGCCAAGAAAACUCAAAAUGCCGUGAAUGAGCUCCUUGUAAAGGAGGCUGCCUCCCAGAACAUCUUCAGAACAUUUACCAAUUUGCCCACUGAUGUUGUUUCGUUCGUAAUCCGUGUUAAUCUUCCCGAGUCCUAGCCAUCCUUGUUUAUUUAUUUUCAGUUUAUUGUUACUUCUUUAGUGUUUUUCUUCCUGAGUAAACAAUUAUUUGAGUUUUCUUUUGAUUUGAAAGUACAGUAAUUUUGAACAUCAGAAAAGUAGGCUUCGAAUCGACGAGAACUUGCUGUUGAAAAGAGCUCAGAUUUUACUCGCUCUCUUCUUUGAAAACCAGCUCUGUCGAGUUCAAAUCUUCUCAUCGAAUUUUACACCUGCUCAAAUUUUGUCUUGCGUGCCUCCUAGUCAUGUCACAAGCAGACGAUAUCAAUACAACAAAAGCCCGAAAUCCGUCUGUGUUCGCAGGCUAUGUCAACCCUCGCUUACUCUCAGGUCGUUUGACUGUGUCCAUUCGUCCAAUUGUUAUCCUUUAGUGUACUUUAGUCGACUCUCGUUCGGGUUUGCCUGUGGGAACGCCAUGUUGAAGGGAUCAAGACUCUCGUCCUCUCUUUUUUGUGGGGUAUGGAUUGGGAAUUUUGGAAUCGCUUACCAAUAUUUUUACCCAUCUAGAUAAUAUUUAGGUCGGCACCUUCAUACUGAGUCGUUGGCUUAGAUUAUCGUCUUCAAAGACACCAUAGCACUUGUUUUUCUAGCUGGGGGGGUCAACAAGGCUUGAGCCACGCCUAGAUUGGUUUCUUUUAGGGGUUUCCACUUCAAAAGUUUAUGAUGUAAAUUUAUUAUGGGAGCCGUCGCGUGAACGGUCGAUCACUAAAGGCACCGGUCUAGUGUUCACGCGCAGCUCGUCCCGUUUAGGGCAAGACCAGUUCUAAAAAUUGACCUGCUUUUUAGUAGGUCCAAAAAUGUGAUGCGGCUUGGCAGCGGGAAGACACUACGCAUAGCAGACAAAGACCAAACUGGUCCUCAUUCUUGUCCCAAGAACCAUCUGUCCGUUUUGGUCGGCGGAACCCUGGCGCGAGGAAAACGUAGCAGUCUGGAGACACAGUAACUGCUUAUAUAUAUACUGGACUGAGAUUUUCCCUUAGUCAACUCUGGUUUUCUUCACGAAAAUGUCCUCUGGUUGAUCUCUACUGAGCUUCGACCGUGCGAUCAAAUCACUACAAACCUCGACAGAUUUUAACAAAGGGAGUUAAAAGAGAAGUAAAAUUCUGACUGGAAGUGGCGAAGUUUCCGUUGUUCAAAGCCCGAUUAUUCCUAAACAUCGAUUAAACGAAGGGUUAAAUCUAACCAUGCUCGCUAGGUGGAUUAUACGAUUAAUUCCUUAAUCGGUAGAUUAAAAAACAAAAGUCACAGCAAAAAUGGCUAACUUGUUGUAUGGUUAUGUCGGUGUUGAUGGGCGAAGCUGAAAAGAAGCAAAGACAGUUUAGGAGCACCGGGUUUACGAUUAAAAGAUAUACAGACGAAGAAAAUACGACAGAAACAAAAGUCCAAAGUCCGUUAAUUUUCACUUCGCUGUGUUUCUUAGCGAAGUACAGUGAAACCUGUAUUAAGCGGACCCCAUAUUAAGCGGACACCAGCUUGAGUCCCUAAUUUGUUUUCCUACAUUUACAGUAAAAUAAGCCCGCAUUCAGCGGACACCCCUGUUACGCGGACGCGGACACCAAUAUAAAGUCAU